CGAGGCCUGGGCCAUGCUGCCAUACAACCUGCGCGCUCAGCUGACGGCCGACCCGGAGCGGCUGCGCCGGCUGCUGCUGCACCACAUCACGCCCGUGGCGCUCAAGCUGGCCAGCUUCAACGACAACAUGGUGGUGAAGAGCGCCAGUCCCAGCGGCGCCACGCUGCGCAUCAACAUCUACCAGAUGAGCCGCUACAGCAAGCGCGUGGUGACCGUGAACGGGGCGCAGGUGCUGCGCAGCGACGCCAGCGCCUCCAGCGGCGUGGUGCACGUAAUCGACAGGGCACUGGUGGCCGAAGCCAGCGUGAAUGCGCUGGAGUACGUCACGACGCGGGAGUGCGCCGACCUCGACUUCGGCGGCAUCGCCAGCAUAGUGGCGAGGCUGGGGGUGACUGAGCUGCUGAGCCAGGAGGCGCCGCUGACGCUGUUCCUGCCCAUCUCGGCGGCCUUCAGCGACACGGAGAAUGUGUCCGAGGACUUCAGCAACAGCUCCAUCGUCAUGCAGAACUCUCUGCUGUACCACCUGGUGCCGGGCGCGUUCUACAGCGCCGGCGUGCGCGACGGCCAGUGGCUGGAGACGCUGCUCGACGGGCAGGAGCUGCAGCUGCAGGUCGUCACCGACGGCUACACGCGCCGCAUCUCCACCGUCAGCAAGCAGGCGCAGGUGAUUCGCGCCGACAUCCCCGUCGCCAACGGCGUGAUCCACAUCAUCGACUUCGUGCUGCGGCCGGAGCGUAACCUGCAGCGGUGCGACGCGCGCUGAGGGGCGGCGUGCCCGGCCGACCAGCGGGGUCCAGCUGCCGACCCUCCUCCCGGAACACCUCCACAACCUCGCCUACGCGGACGGAGCUGGCACGGACCGGCAAGAGUUCAGGAGAAUAUGGACGCCUGUUAGGGCUAUAGAUG